AUGGAAAUAGACUUGAGCAUGAACCAACUCCAUGGUUCAAUUCCAGCAUCAUUAGGUAGUCUAAGAAAUCUUAGCUAUCUUUAUCUCUUCCAAAAUAAACUUUUUGGCUCCAUUCCUGAAGAGAUAGGAAACUUGACGCAGAUGAAAGCAAUACACUUGAGCAUGAACCAACUCCAUGGUGCUAUUCCAAGUUCAUUUUCCAAUUUGAGCAGUUUAGAACUUUUAUCUCUUCUUCAAAACAAACUUUCUGGUCCCAUUCCUCAAGGAAUUGGGGAUUUCAUGAACUUGACGUCGUUGGAACUUGGUGGAAACCAAUUUACUGGUUAUUUGCCCGAAAAUAUUUGUCGUUCUGGACUGCUUCAAAACUUUUCUGCAUACAACAACCAUUUCAUUGGUCGUGUUCCCCAAAGCUUGAAAAACUGUACGAGCUUGGUAAGAGUCCACAUGAACGGAAACCAAUUUGUUGGAGAUAUAUCUAAAGAUUUUGGUGUCUAUCCAAACUUGCAAUUCAUAGAUCUAAGCCACAAUUACUUUCAUGGAAUGAUUUCAAGUAAUUGGGGACAAUGUCCAAAGUUAGGAACCCUACAUAUGAGUGGGAAUAAUAUUACUGGUGGCAUACCACUCUAUAUUGGGAAUUGGACUCAACUGCAUGUACUUGAUCUUUCUUUAAAUCACAUACUUGGGGCGAUUCCAAAAGAACUUGGAAAACUAACUUCUCUAGAGAAAUUGGGGUUGAAUGGCAAUCAACUCUCUAGUGCUCUACCUCCAGAAUUUGAAUCACUGACCAAUCUUGAAUUCCUCGAUAUGUCCUCAAACAAGUUGACCGACCCAAUUCCACAUAUUCUUGGGAACCUACCAAAAUUGUACAACUUGAAUUCACUACAAGGUUCAACAAUUUUGCCAGCGAUACAUAAUCGCUGGCAAAACACAACAAAUCGCUGGCAUAUAUCUACCCCAGCGAUUUUUUAA